GCCGGCAGCGUCAAAGACCAACGCCGUGUGGACUUCAAAACACAAAUAAUGUCUUACACACCCUUGCAGGGUUGUUCAGUGCUGAGAUAUAUCUAGAGCAGAUCAGAGCAUAACCAUGGAUGAGGAGGACAGCCAGGAUGAGCUGAUCAACAGGAACGUCUCCCACAGAAAAGGAAAAAGACCUGUCGUGUCCAUCAUCUCUGAUGACGAGGACAACUCAGCAGAUGAGGGGGAAUCAGAGGAAGCAGAAACAGGCAGCGAGGAAGAUGAUGACGACCAAGAGGAAGUGCUUGAUGAAGACGAGGAGGAAGAAGAUGAGGAUGAAAGUGAAGAUGAGGACUCUGGUAAGGUGCUGGAAGGACCUGUAGGGAGUGUUGCUGUGGAUGCAGCGGGUCUGAGCUCAGACGAGGACUCGGAGAAAUGUCCCAUCUGCCUGAACUCAUUCCACGAGCAGCCCGUGGCCACGCCGGAGUCCUGCGAACACUACUUCUGCCUGGACUGCAUCCUGGAGUGGUCAAAUAAUGCCAACUCUUGUCCUGUGGACCGCAUAGUCUUCAAUAACAUUCUCCUGAGAAAGUGCUACGGUGGGAAAGUUCAGAAAACAUAUCUUGUUUUAGGUUCUGAACAAAUCAGUGAGGACGAGAGCAGCUCUCUCCCCACCACCAGCCGUCCCCGGUCCAGACCCACUCGCGCUAUCGCACGCACCCAGCACAGCGAACGUGUUCGGGCCAACGUCAACAGACGGCGCAUCACACAGGCACGCACUGAAGCGCAGCUCGCUCCCAGAUAUAUGAUGCAGUCCACGUGGUUGGAUGAGACCAUCAAUGCUGUAGUGGCCGGACUCAACACGGCCGUUUAUGUGCGAGACUUGACCCCUCGCUCCAAAUCCCGCCGGAGGAGAAAGACUGUUAAAAGAAGGAAAACCAAAAGCAAAUCUUCAGCAACGUCAGGGGGUAAAACAAAAAUGGGAGUCAAGAGACGGAAACGCAAAGUGAGGAGGUCAAAAUCGAGAAGAAAACUGAAGGGAACCAAUUCCCGAGGUCGUAUUGCACGGAGUUUAGGCAUUAAGAAGCCCAAGUCUGGCUCCAUGAUUCCUUCAGUUUAUCGGCCUUCAGAGUACAGUUUAGGAAGUAUGCGUGCAGAAAUCGGAGCAGCCUCCCUCUCAGUGUAUGGAGAUCCCUUUGACCUGGACCCCUUUGAUGAUAGGGAGGAUGAGAUUCAAGUUCCGACGCCAUCGUCUGUUCUGGAUGCUAAACGCCGUGGCCUCUCCUGUUCUGCCUUGCGAUCCCAUCAGCCUGUGGCCAGACCCAUAUCUGCCGGACUCUCCAGGCGAGGUGUGAGUGUCCCACAGGUGGCAGAUGUUGCAGAGGAAGCCCCUGUAUCAGAUCUGCUGGGAAGCAUCCUUAGUGGUCAAAGCAUGCUCCUCAUGGACAGUUCAGAUGUGGUCAUCAACAGAGAUGGUUCCCUCAAAGCAACCAAACCCG